AUGGCAUAUCAUCAAGAAAAGUUUGGAGAAAUUGGUGUUGUCUUGAAUCUUGAUUAUUUAUCUAAUGAAAUCUCCACAAUUUUAGGCGGUGAGAAGAGAUUCAUUUUGUUUUUAGAACUCUUCACUGGAAUAUCUUUAUUUAGGACCUGGUUGGAGAUAAUAUGCUGUUGGCAAGUUAAUUGGCAGACUAGUUGCAAUCUUACUGGAGGUUCAUUACGACCACUUAUGAAACCUAAGUUUAGUAUGCAUCACCUCCAUUCAUCAGGGAUUACUCUGCAUUUUGUUUUUAAUUUGAUGAAAUUUGCUUAUUUUGUGUGA